AUGGACGAGCAAGCGAGUAUCACCACAUACGACGGCCAUGCCACCGACUGCUGGCUAGUCUGUACAGCGUGCGGCACGCAGUUUCCGACGGCCGACCGCACGGCAUUGCCGUCAUGUAUCAUCUGCGACGAUCCGCGGCAGUUCACGCCGCCGUCCGGCCAGGCAUUUGCGACCAUGGGUGAGCUGCGGCGACGACACCACAACGUAUUCCACCCGGCGGCCGGCGGCGACGGACGGCUGACGAGCAUCGUGACGGAGCCCAAGCUGGCCAUCGGCCAGCGUGCCAUCCUGGUGCGCACGCCAGCCGGCAACAUCCUGUGGGACUGUCUCACGCUGCUGGACGCGGCCACGAUCGAGCACAUCCGCGCUCUUGGCGGCCUGCGCGCCAUCGUCAUCUCGCACCCGCACUACUUCUCGUCGCACGUCGAGUGGGCCGCCGCCUUUGACUGCCCCGUCUACCUGCGUGGCGAGGAUCGUGUCUGGGCCGUCCAGCAGUCGCCGCACCAGGUCUUUCUCGAGGGCGAGCCCGUUCACGAGAUCGUCGUCGGCAACGACAGCAACAGCAGAAUCAAGACCGGCGCCAAGGCCAUCCGGCUGGGCGGCCACUUCCCCGGCAGCCAGGUGCUGCUCUUCGACGGCCACCUGCUCAUCGCCGACACGCUCGUCACCACGCCAGCUGGCAUGGGAAGCUGGACCACCGAUGCGCUCGGCCAGCCGCGCAGGAGGCCCGCCCACAUGAACUCGUUUGCCUUUAUGUGGAGCAUCCCCAACAUGAUCCCUCUUGCCGCCGACGAGGUCUUUGCCAUGUGGGAUACGCUCAAGCACCACGACUUCACCAGCACUCACGGCGCCUUCGUCGGCCUCGACAUCUGUGCUGACGACAUCAAGCUGCGCGUGCUCGAGAGCAUGAAGAUCCAAACUCGCUUCGCUGGCUGGACACGGCAGCACUCUUGGGACGACGUGUAG